AUGUCCGAUACAACUGAAAACAAAUCCUUUCCACCAACAUUCCAGAUAUGUUUCGACGUUUCUGUAUUGCUAUCCCUGCUAUCUCUCUCUGCGCUUAUGUUAUGGACCAUCCUGGCCGCACCAAACACCUCCUAUGACGCUCCGUAUGUCAUUGUAGGAGUUACCUUUGUCGCCACUAUCUUUACCUCUGUCGUAAAAGGUCGAGUGCAACAUGGUCUCAUGCGGUCACUAGAAAAAGACUUGCGAGCUCAAAUCAGUUACUCUGAGCUUGAACAGCUGCCUGAGCAGUCUACUACGACUAAGGUCUGGGAGAAAUUGAAAGAGAAGUCACCACGACAGGAAAUGCUAAACACGAGAUGGCGGGGCAUAUUGGUCAUCGACAGUCUCAAAGAAAAGAUCUUCUACAACAAGAACUUAUUCUUCAUCUAUCUUCCCUGUGCUCUGAUGACUACGGCCAUCGUCACCGUGUUUACCCCACACAGCGGUAGCCAGAACAUGGAUUACCAACCCUUGGUGCCUGGACCUCGCUACCCCCACAACUUCACCUCCACUUCAGAAGAAUGCGCAGGCCAAGGCGAGGGAAAAGUGUCCGGCGCAUACAGAUGGCCUCUAGGAAACGACACCGCGUUCUUUGCUAGAUACGAGGGUGACUGCUCCCCGGUGCGGAUCACUUCCCAUGUCUCCAACAUCAACUCCGAGAGCCCUGACAAGUACGCCUACGUUGACGCCGGCGUUGCGGUUGAUCGGUCGGCAAUGGGAGCCUCAGCACAGCUCUACAGAGGUACAGCUUUUCAGAAACUCGACCAGAAGCAUGGUCAGUUUCUGAGGAGCACAACCCAAUGCGUCCCAGUCAUGGCGUCAAACCCUGUAACUUGUAAGAAGGGAGGCGGUAAGCUGAGAGUUGGAGACGACCCAAAAUCUCUUUACUUUGUCUCAGAUAGCCCGACUUAUGGUCCAAAACCUAUCACACGACCGGUAGAGUUUGCCGCCAGGACCUUUAACGAAAGCAGCGGCAUGGUCAACUAUCUCUGGAGAGAUCGUCGGAACAACACUAUUGGACAAGGAGUCAUGGUCUGGAGCGCCUACAACGACCCCAUGGGCGAGACACUCUUUGCGAAAGAUCUUGCUCGCACAAUCAACGAUCCUAACAAGACAGCUGGCACUGGGGGUUCAGCGACGUAUGUUGUCACGUGCGAGAUCAACCCGCUCAAGUCGUUCGAAUACCGCUUGGUCACUCUGGAUUUACCGGCUUCUAAAACCGCCAAUCUUACGGGCAUAGCAUACAGCCGCCGCCUAAGUAGUGGUGAGACAUGUGUCCCAGAUAAACAGACCGUUGGCAAUGUCCACUAUGUUGCAGCCACAACGUCCAUGUACAACAUGGUGAUGGAGAAUUAUGGUCUGGAUGGAUACUUCUCCACUGUUCAUCGCGUUGCUGGAGAAGACCGGGGCCCUCCAUAUGCGUUUAACAAUAGCAAGAACGGACUAGAGGACGCACUCGGUGUUAUUGCUGCUCUUGGGGUUGCCAAUAUGAAUUUAGAUGACCCUGUCGUGGCUAACGCAGUUGGCGACAAGGGAAAGGCUAUAGCGGUUAUCGAGAUCAACCAGCUUGGUGGGAACCGUCUCUUGCUUUUUGCUCUCGUACCCCCAAUUGUUGCGUUUUCCAUAUUGUCUGUUUUAUUUGCAAAGAGCUUUCAAUCGGACUGGCAACCUGGUGGAGGGAUAAGCUGUGGACGGCAUCCAGAGUUAUAUGCAGCUGAGAGUGUUGGGGAACUUAUUACACCCAAAAGAUUAAUCGCUGACCCUCAGUAA